AUGACGGACGCGAUGACGGACGCAGGCAGCAGCGGAGUCCCUUUCGAGGACCAGGUGGAUCUCAUCAAAGCGCCGCAUGAUCACGAGGACGAGGAUGUGGCCAUGACGGAGUCUCCCGAAGCAACGGCAGCGGUGCAUGCGAUGGAUGAGCAGCUCCAAGCCGAGCUUGAGAAGCAGUACCAGGACGAGGUCUCUAUUCUCGAAGCGGAAGAUGAGCGGCUAGAGGAGGCGCAAACGGACGUGCCCAUGUACCGAAACUCGUACUUCCUACGCCGGAUCAAUCGCAGACGCGCGGCAACUCCCAAGUGUCUCAGCGAAGCAGCCAGACGGGGGAUGGCUGCGGCUGACUCGCAAACCUUGGCUGCGGAGGCGGAGGUAGAGGCGGAGGCGGAGGCAAACACGGUCACAGCCACGGGUGAGGCCGAAGGGGAGAAAUCGGUGGCCCAGACACCACCCCCAUUAGAAGCCCAGCCGACCGCGGCAGCGAGCAUCGAAGCGGCGGAUUCGGCGCAAGAAGACUCCCAACAGCAGGCUGCGCCGGACGGAUUUGCCAUUACCGUCAAAUCGCUGCGGAGCCGGGGCCACCGUCGCAACCUGUCGACGGAAAAGACGGAGCCGGCAAUGGAGGACCCCAGCACUCAGCUCGCUAGGGCGUCGCUGGCGGCGCGACGAUCUAACCUCGCCGAGGCCAGCCCGCCGCAGACAAGCAAAGCCACGAGGGCGCGGACGCGGAGCAUCCAAAUGAGCGAGACGCCGGAGCCAGCGACGGCCGCAGCAGCGGCGGCGGCGGCCGGGCCACAGUCGCCUCUGGCCACGCAAUCGCAGCACUCAGAGGCCGGGGCGGACUCGGAGGAGAAGAGUACGAUGACGGCGCUCAAGUUGCAGCUCAACAAAGCGCUGCGGCCGCGACUGCCGUACCUGACGGCGCUCAAGAGCCUGCGGCAAAACGCCAACCGGACGGUGGACGUGAUUGGGCACGGCCCGCGCGACUUUUUGCUCGGCCUCAACCUGACGGACCAGACGGCGGGGCCGGCGCAGGUGGUGGCGGUACAGAUCUUGCGGCCGCACAUCGAAUCGCUGCCGGUGGUGCGGGAGGGGGACGCGGUGCUCCUGCGAGGGUUCGCCGUCACGGCGCUGCGGGGCCGGGAUUUCGGGCUGCGCAGCGGCGACGCCUCGAGCUGGGCCGUGUUUGAGCGGGACCGCGAAGACGGGCUGCCGCAGAUCAAGGGUCCGCCGGUCGAGGUGUCGCCCGAGGAGGACGCGCAGGCCAACUUGCUGAUUCGGUGGUACGCGGCGCUCGGGGCGAAGGCGAGGGAGAAGAUUGCGCUGGCGAACCAGAGGAUGGAGGAGGCUGGCGCGGCAUCCUCGGCGCCAUCGUCGCAGGGCGCGUGA